AGUCUGUAAAAGAAACAGCUAUGUGGUUUUAUGAGUUUGAUGAUCCAUUAGUAAACCGGCAGCAGUUAUUGAUCACAGGCACUAGCAUUUAUUUCACAAGCUCCUAAUUUAAUUUAAUGUCCACACCUGUUCAUUGAAAUAUUACCACUUUAAUAUUGGUUUCAAAAUACCAAACUUAUGCAAAAUGAGCCGCACCGCACACACUUACGGAUUUUCGGCUAUAAUUUUUUUUCUGAGCUAUCCGAAGAGUUGGGCCUCAUGGUACACCAAUCCUGGAGAUCCCUCGGUAGCGAAAGAUUUCCCGCAUCCGCUUUGCAACUACAAUGGGCCCUACAGACUGGAAUGCACUAAAGCCGAUUUACGUUUGCCAGGAAACUUUAACAUCAGCGCCCUCGCAAAUACCAGUAAAUUAUAUAACUUUGUCAAUUAUCUCACGCUCGACUGCCCUACUAGUGCCAAACGCACCUACUGCAAUACCGUUGGCCCCGGCGCCCAACCCCUUUCGUACCGCGAAUGGAUUUGGGAUGUGACGCUGAUUGGCUUUCAGGCUGAAGGAGGCGGGAGAGCGCCCAUCAAUGUCCUGCUGUCGAAACUGCCCACUCUCCUUCGUCUACAAGUACACUACUCCAGGAUCGGCACACUGGAUAAAAAUUUUCUUCAGAAUUUCAAAUAUCUGGAAGAGUUUGAUGUGCGUAACAACGACAUCAGUGCUAUCGACAUUCAUGCUCUGGAACCAUUGGCUAACCUCAACCGGCUCAAGAUGGGCGGUAAUUUGAUACAGAAGUUUGACUGGGGUGCCCUUAAGCCGGUUGCCGAAAAAUUGUAUUUAUUGGAACUUGAUGGACAGAAUCCACCUCUGAAAUCCCUGCAGCGCAGCGGCCCGCUGUUUUCCAUCAACAUCACCAAUCUACUAUUGAACAACAGCCGUCUGUCUAUGAUUCCCAAGGAUGUUGUGGACACCUUCGAAGUACGCCAAUAUUUUGAAGUGGUCAUUGACGUUCGCAAUAACCCAUUCUGCCCGAAUAAAGGCGACUGCUCGUGCUGUGAGAUGAAAGAUCUAGCCAACUGGUUCGAGAAGCGAACUUCCUGGGCCGCCGGCUCUAAAGACGAGUGGAAGCAUUCUACCACCGUCUCGGCCAAUUGCGGACCGACCUCGAAUACGGGCAAUGGGAAUUCAGUCAAAGAGUUUACGAAAACGAAUCCUCUGUUGCCGCGUUCUUAUGAGAAGUGCAAGUAAAUGCGUGUUAUACAUUGUCACGGGUUCAUGAAAUACAGUAUGCGGUAUGCCGGCCUUUUGGAACUCCACUUCCGCCAAGAAGACACAAAGAAUCUGUCUGUGACGUGUCUGACAAUGAUACCGAUUCUCUAGAUACGUAAGUCAAUAAUCGUUUAUUUUUGCUUGAAAACUGCUAAA